AUGAAACCCAGCGAUCUCUAUCCCCACAGAGGCUUCAUGCUUGACACUGGCCGUAAAUUCUUCCCUGUCCGUGCCAUCCUGGAUAUGUUGACCGUGCUCCACGAACACAACUUCAACGUCUUCCAUUGGCAUAUCUACGAUGCCGAAAGCUUUCCCCUUCUCUGGCCGGCGGAUCGGGGAUUGACGGAUGUGAGCAUCCGGUACAGCCAUACCCCCGACUACUACACCCCCGAAGACAUCCAAACAGUCAUUAUGUAUGCACAGAAGUUGGGCAUUCUAGUUUAUCCGGAGACCGACAUGCCAGGCCACAGUGAUAUAUGGGGCUUUUGGAAAAAAGAUCUCAUCGUCGGCAAACCAGACCUCAAACACCCCCAAGCCCAACUGGAUAUUCGACCACAGACACAACCCCAAAUCUAUUCCCACAUCACAAAUUUAAUAUCCACAAUCGACCAAUAUUUCCAGUCCCCCCCACUCCACCACUUCGGCGCCGACGAGGUGGCUUAUAUCUGGCACACCAACAACGACAACCAACUCUUCGAGUCAUUCCUGCACUGGCUCCGGAACCUCUGCCCCAACAAGUCUCGGAUCAUGUGGGAUGACGCACUGACUGAUACAGGAAAAAGAAUCGCCCUCAAUAGGGAUUGGAUCAUCCAGACCUGGCAUAAUGGGGUCACGCAAGGUGUGCUGGAUAGAGGUCACCGGGUGAUUGUUUCGGAAUCGGACACGUUUUAUAUCGGCAAUGCGGACGCGGAUCAAUUGUCGGCGUUUCGGUUUCCGGAUCAUAGCAAUGUCCUGGGGUUUGAAGUGGUGUGGUUUACCUCGGAGGGGGAUGAUCCGUGGGAUUUCCGGCGGAGUUGGGUUAUGGAGCCUAUUCGAGCUGCGUCGAAGAUUCGAAGAAGGUAUUGAUGGAUAGUUGGGGAGGGGUUCUCUGGCAUUCAAGCUCCUUUAUUUAGCUCUCUCUGGGUGAUGCCCCCUAAAAGGGCCAAUGAUGCUUCAUUGGGUUCCUAUGACCACCCGGUUUUGGCGAUUCAGGUGUAAAGU